AUGCUCGACGCCGAAGAGGCAGAUGAAGAGGUUCCCGAGGACGCCGACGCCGACGCGUACAUGGAAUCCGACGACGAAGGCGACCAAGGUCCGCUCGAGGAGAUACAGCUGGUCAACGACAGCGUAGCCCACUUUGACGCGCACAAGGACAGCAUAUUCAGCAUUGCGCAACACCCAACCAACCCAGCCAUCGUUGCGACAGGUGGCGGCGAUGACGUCGGUUACAUUUUUGAGGUCAAGGUGAAAGAGCAGGAGCAGGAGCGGCCACCACUGCCAGCCAGCUGGUCGGGCUCCCAGGCGGGUGACGCGCCUGCGCAAUCUGAGCGCGAAAGCCUGCAGCCGUUGCUCAAGCUCGAGGGCCACAGCGAUUCGCUCGUCGCCAUAGCCUUUACGCAGCCUGCCGGUGAGUAUGUUGUCACCGGCGGCAUGGACGGACGGUUGCGCGCAUGGCGCGACACAUCCAACGGCCAGGCCUGGCAAUUUGUGGGAGAGGUGCAGGAAGUCGAGGAGAUUGCGUGGAUCGCGACAUGCCCACACCCGCAAUACCCCAACACCAUUGCGCUUGGCGCCUCCGAUGGCUCCGUCUGGGUCUACUCGCUCAAUGCUGCUGACACGGCCUCUCCCCUCACUAUCGUCCAGGCUUUCUACCUGCACUCCGGACCUUGUACCGCUGGCGCCUGGACCCCGGAUGGCAAGCUCCUCGCCACCGUCUCUGAGGAUGCUAGCUUCUACGUGUGGGACGUUUUCGGCGAGGCGGCGGCUGCGGGUGUAACCAGCGCCUCGUCAGGCCAGGCCGUCGUAGGGCUCACGGGCGACGACGAGCGCUUCCGUGUGGAUGGCGGCUUGUACAGUGUAGCUGUUGCACCGAACGGCGCGUUCGCAGCUGUCGGCGGUGCAGAGGGUCACAUUCGCAUUGUAGGACUGCCGCGACUUGGCGCCGAGUCCGUCACCAGCGGCGCACGCGGCGCCGGAGCGCGCAACAAGUCUGGCGGCGGGAAGCAGUCGGGCGGCCCGCGCGGCGGCGUAUCCUCAGUCGCCAGUGGCCAGGCCGGCGCCAUCCUCGCCAGCAUCCAGAAGCAAGCCGACAGCGUGGAAACGCUAGCAUUUUCAGCGCCGCCACUGAACUUCCUAGCUGCAGGCAGCGUUGACGGAAGCAUCGCGCUGUUCGACACGGCGCACAACUUUGUCGCGCGGCGCCACAUCACGGGCGCGCACGUCGACGAGGAAGAAGGCACCGAGCAGGCGGUCAUCAAGGUCGAGUUUGUGAAGCCGGCGGGGCAGGCACAGGCGGGGCCGGCGGGCGCGCCGGGCGCCUGGCUGCUCACGAGCUGCGGCAACGACGGCGUCGUCCGCAGGUGGGAUACUAGGGGUGGGACGGCAGCGGCUGCUAGAGGGCUGGCGGGCGAGUGGAGAGGGCACAGGGGCGGCGGAGAAGGCGGCGGUGUUAUGGGCUUUGUCCAGGGGGGUGCGGGGAGAGUCGUUACGGCUGGGGAUGAUGGCGUCGCUCUGGUUUUUGAGACGCCGCUUGCUUAG